GUGCUGAAACAGGUCGCCAGGGGGCUUGGUGCGUAUGCAUGUAAACGAAGCGUACCGCUAUUGGCUCGGAGAUACAAAGUGGGGAGUUUCGUCAAUACUAUAUAACGAACUCACUUGGUGCUGUUGAUAAUAUUCUCUCUUUCGUUUUCAUCGAGGCUACGAAGCGUCAUCUGAGGACAACUGAGGAAAAUUUGGUCUGUACAGUGUUCGUAAUCGUGUACAAACUAGCAUCCAAGGAUGGAAGAGAAGACCAGCUCUGGAACAACUUCGAUGGCUGAAAACGCGUCGUCCAACGCGUCGCCCGCUAAGAAGGCUUUGAAGACGAAGUCGAAGAAUCAGCAACGUUCUUCGCAUCCGCCAACUUCGGAGAUGGUUAAUGCCGCCAUAAAAGAGCUGAAAGAUCGGAAAGGAUCGUCGCUGCAAGCUAUUAAGAAGUACAUCGCGACGACGUACAAGAUCGACGGCGAGAAGGUGGCGCCAUUUGUCAAGAGAUACCUGAAAACUGCUGUCACGUCUGGUGCAGUUGUUCAGACUAAAGGAAAGGGCGCAUCUGGUUCUUUCAAACUUUCCACUACAACUAAGGGUUCCGAGGUGAAGAGCAAACCCAAACGCAUAGUUAAGAGACCACAACCUGCAGUUGAGAAGAAGCCUGUAGAGAAGAAAGCUAGCCAGAAGAAAACAGUAGCUCCAAAGAAACCAGCACCAACCAAAAAGACUUCGCCUGUAAUCAAGAAAGCUGCUGCGAUUAAGGAAGUGAAAACCGCUCCAGCUAAGAAAGCUGAAUUGCCAAAGCAGAAGGCAAUGCAACCGAAAAAUUUGUCGAAGACUAAGAAAGCAACUAAGGCGCCAGCUGCAAAAACGAGGGCGCCGAAACCAAAGACUGCCCAAUCAUCAAAGGCAGCAAAAGCAACUGCGAAGAAAUAAUCUUCAUUCAGCGAUUAAUGCGAUAAUUACCAAUGGCCCUUUUCAGGGCCACAAACUCUAUUUUACGGGAGGAUAAGCUCAAUUUUUACUUAAAACAACCGAUGUCGCUCGAGUCGUUUAAUAAAAUCAAUAAUCACUCUCGCCAUGAUGUAUACAUGCGUACAUAUAUUUAAUAUAAAGAUAGAAA